CUGCCCUCGCUGACGGCCACCAGGCCUGAAGACGGCAGCUUCCACACGCUCGGGAACUUGGGGACAUGGUCGCACGAUGCGGGUGCGCAGCAGCAACAACAGUACGGCGACAACCCCCACGCCACGGGCUCCGACUCUUCGAACACCGACGAGCUGCCAUUCAACAACCUCCAGAACCCCUCAGAUGCGUUAGGUAUUCUGGCGAGAGUCGCAGGUGAGACGAGCUCGAACGAGGAGAACAACAAUGGCAACAAUGGCAACAAUGGCAACAAUGCUGGAGCUGGGGCAGGAUUGGGAGCGGCAGGCGGGAGUUUAGCCAUGCAUGCGCCGCCGCUGUCCUUCUCGUACCCCCUGCUAGACCGCGGCAUACUCACGGUGCACUCGCUAUGCCAGCUGCUGGUGCGCUACCAGCAGAACUACCACCCUUACUACCCAUUGGCGCCUGCACAUGCCUUCGACACAACGCGUCUGUCUGAUAUGGUCAGGCAAGAACCGCACCUCCUGACUGCUCUUCUUCUGAUCGCCUCGAAAGACCUCAUCAACGAACCGCACAUAUAUGAAGCAUGCACCGAACACAUGAAGUCCCUCGUAGCCAACCUCGCUGCAGGAGGAGACGCAGGUAUCGAAGCUGUAGAAGCAUUGCUUUUGCUAGCCGAAUGGGCACCUUAUACACAAAGAGGGUCAGGCAAAGUAGGCAAAGGUGAAGAAGACAAGGAGUCCUGGAUGCAUGUCGGGAUUGCGCUUCGAAUUGCCUACUUCCUCGCACUUGACAAGUACUCCUUCCGCUUCGUCGAUCAAGGAAAAGAUCCCAACCACAACCGUAAACGCUUGAUAUGGACUGCCGCAUACGUGUCUGAUCGACACAUCAGCAUAAGAAUAGGCAAGGCAUUCUGGAGUCGCGGACCAGGCCCGCUUACCACAUUACGACGAGAAGACUACCCCAGCUUGAUCCCCAAAUCGCCCAACGAGGAAGACUAUGCUUCGAUAUUUCAAGCCAAUCUCGAACUAACUCAGCUCUUCUCCAACGUCCACGACACUUUGUACAGCAACCCGGGCGCCUCAUUCCGCAGCAACAUGAGUGGAAGCUACAUCAAAUUUAUCGACGAUUUCCGCUCCGCAAUCUACGGCUGGAAGAGCGUCUGGGGCACAUUGACCUGCUCUCCACCGCUGAAGGCAUGUUUGCUAAUGUCGUACGAUUAUCUUCGCCUAUACACAAAUGCAUUCGCUUUCCAAGCCACCGUCCUCCGCGCGCUUCCCUCCGCAAAUUCCUCGGCCGAUGCCCACCACGCCACAUCGACCCUCGGAGGCCCUCAGGCUCCUCAGAGAGUCUUCGUAAACAACGUCGGCGCAGUCGGCGACGCGCGCUUCAUCUACGAAGGCCUCGACGCCGCAAAAGCCAUCCUGACAACCGUGAACAACUUCGUUUCCCCCGAAACCAGCCUGCGCUUCAUGCCGCUGCGGUACUACCUUUACCUCGUGCACGCGGGUGUGUUCCUAUACCGCGCGCGCUGCACGGGCGUCAUCUCGGGGGACGAGGAUAGAGCGAUCCGCGCCAUGAUCAAUGAGACGGUGAGUAGAUUGCAGCGCAGCGCCGUGGGCGUGGAGACUGGGAUACAACACCCGGGUAGUCGGUAUAGUCAGCUGCUGAAACUGCUCUGGGCGAAGGUGCCGCGCAAAGACAAGAGCUCGAGAUCUGCGUUCAGACAUCCAGGGACCAGCGUUGCGAGUAACCCUGUGGAUCAGAAUGGAUUCCCCGUUCCUCCCAGCACGAGCACGACUGCGCAGAGUCCGCGGACGAGUUCGGUGGGGACGGGAGAGAGUCCGGCGCUGACGGAGCAGAUGGGCGAUUUUGGCUGGACGGAUUUAGGCGCGGUUAGUGACUUCGCGAUGCAUGGGAACAAUGGAAUACCGGCGGAUGAGAGUGCGCUGUGGAAUGGGUUUUUGCCGCUGGAUAUGGGGUGGAGUGCUAAUGGGUUUAGUCUUGAUGGGGUCGGGUGGGAUGGAAAUGCUAAUGACUUGGGUAUGCUGUUUUGA